AGCUCUAACCGUGAUUCCUUCAUCUCGAUUGUCGACGAUCCCUUCUUCCAGAGCCUGGACAGCCCAAGCACCCCUACCGCUCCCGCCGCCGACACGUACAAAUAUCUCGAGUCCGAAUCAGAGACAUUGACAGAGAUUCCCUUCUUCUCUCCCGAGACUCCUCGCAGCAACAGAUAUGAUCACGAGGGGCAACAGAAGCUACAUUGGCCACCCCCCCGUCGAGAGUCGUUGACAAUUGGAUCUUCCCCGUUUUGGUCGCAGCAAACCUCCGCCAUGGAGAGCUACAACAUCGCCAUCAUUGGCGCCAUGGGCGUCGGCAAGUCCACCUUUGUGCAACGAAUUCUGGGCUUGUCGCGCCCGCCCAUAUCUACCGCGUCCAGCGUUCGCAUCAACCUUGAUUCCACCUCUUACAUGAUAACGCUCCUCGAGCUGGACCUGGAUUCGUUCGAGCUGAAUACAAACACACCACACCCCAUCCAGUGGCCAAAACAAAUCAACGGCCACAUCGUGCCCCGAGUCGACGCCGCCUUGGUGCUCUACGAUGUUACGAAUAGGGACACCAUCCGUGAACUUCCUCAGACGCUGGCUGCUUUGAUGAAUUCGAACAUGCCGGCCGUGUUGGUCGCGAGCAAAUGCGAAGCGCCCGAAGAAGAACAAGAGGUCAAUGCAGAUGAAUUGGCGAACCAUACGCUCUUCAAACCUGUUUUGGCCCACUAUAAGAUCUCCUCCACCAGCCCCGACAUAGAUCGAAGCUGUUUGCAUGCCAUUCUCAGGGCUGCCGUCGCUCAUAGAAGGGGCAUGUCACCACAGAUUGAGAUUGGCGAGAUGGUUGCUGCUCGCAAGAGGGCGCAAUCGGCCGCGAACCUCGACGCCCCCGAUACUAGCAGCCGCCCGGUCAGCCAAGGGAGACAUAACCGUGCGAGCUCGGAUUUUUCGCUGCUUCGCGGCUUCCAAGCCCCGGGCUCCGGCACUCCUGGUGCCGACGGCCAUUUGCAGAAACCGGCGUCCAGGAGUCCACACCGAGAUGGGACAAUUUACGAAAUUCCGGAUCCCGGAAAGCUUACCGCGACGUCAACAUCCUUGAGCUUCAAUGGCAGUUGUUAUGCCCGUGGAAGCGAUGCCUUCCUUGAUGUUGAUGAGUCCGACACGGAUUCUCGUCGAUACUCGGACGACAUUCCCAUCUUGCAGCGAAACGACGAUGUUGUUAUAGAAAAACAGCAGAAGAAGAUGACGGGUCUGUCAUUCGACGAUCUCGUAGAUCGGCUGCUGGCGCUGCGCCUUUCCAGGGCGGACGCCAACUUCACUGAUGUUUUCCUCUGUCUGUAUCGAAAAUUUGCUGCUCCUGGAAAGCUCUUUUCCGCAAUCCUGAUGCGGCUGGAUCGCGUAAGGGAUGACAAGACGACGCACCACCUGACCAAGACAGCCACUCAACUGAGAAUCAUUGAGACCAUGGCCAAAUGGGUGUCUACGUAUCCCGGCGACUUUGCUCGUCUAACCACGCGACGAAACUUGGAUGAGUUUAUCAGAUACCUUUCCACGGAGCCAAUCUUCUGCAUAGCUGCUAGGCAAAUGCACCGGAACCUUACCCUCCACGUGAUAGAGGACGAUGAUACAGGCUGGGCCAAUGCCGACGAUGCUAAUGACCAGCUGGCCAGCGACAUUCUUUCUAAAGAAUUGAGUGAGCUACCGGCGGGGCUGACUGCCCUACAGUUUGAGGAAGACGGCAAUUUUGAGCGACCAUCUGUGAGCUCGGAGAACCUCAACAGAGUAGUCGGCAGUGGUGGCCAAAUACAGCUCUAUUCAUACGAAGAUUAUGAGAGAGAAGCCAGCACCUUGGACCCCACAGCUCAGUUACCGAUGAAUAAGUUUCGUUACCGCAUCUUUGUCGAAAUUAAAGACGACGAUAUUGCAGAUGAGCUGACCCGGAUCGACUGGAUCAUGUUCUCUUCCAUCCGAAUCCGCGAUUUUGUGCGUCACGUCAGUUUACCGGCCAGCCAAAAGGAGAGCUGCAAGAGCUUGAACAACAUAAACCGCAUGAUCAACCACUUCAACCACGUUGCCAGGUGGGUUGCCAAUAUGAUUCUCCUACGAGACAAGGCGAAACACCGAGCAGUUGUUCUCGAAAAGUUUAUGAACAUUGCCCUCAAGCUUCGACAGCUCAACAACUACAACGGUUUGGCGGCCGUCUUGGCAGGGCUCAACGGAACGGCAAUCCACCGCCUUGCUCAAACAAAGGUUCUGGUCUCGCCAGACACUCAUAAGAAGUUUGCGAGAUUGCUCAUCUUGAUGGGUACUCAGAAGAGUCACUUCGCUUAUCGACUGGCCUGGGAGAACUCUCCCUUGCCCAGAAUUCCCUUCAUUCCCCUGCACCGCCGUGAUCUGGUGUCUGCCGAGGAAGGCAGUAAAACACUUGUUGGGCCCAACGGCGACCGCAUCAACUGGAAGAAGUUUGAGGUCCUUGGAGAGGUUCUUUUGCCGCUCAUGAAGAGCCAGGGCACACCAUACCCUAACCUUUCCAAAAAUGACAAUGUUCGUGAGCUGAUAUUGAGCUGCCAUAUGACAACUGACGACGAGGAAAUUUAUCAACGAAGUAUUGUUGUAGAGAGUUCCUCGUCAGGAGGACCCUUGGAGCCAACCAAGAAGAUUUUUCCAUGGCUUAAAUAACCGCUGAGGCGAGGAGUUUUUUUUUCAUUUCUUGGUUGUAACAAAGGACACAUAAAAAGACUGGGGUUUUUUUAACAAUUUUUUUUUUUUUGGACACGAUUUUUGGGUAGCGACAAUAUUUUCUUGCAGGCUGGGCGAAGGAAGGAUUUACAGCAAAACAUAGACUCGAGAAUUUUUCUUUUUGCUAUUUUCUUUCCUUUUCGUUUUUUUUAUAUAGGCCUGCCUCUCUUUCAUUUUUUUUUUUUCCUCGUUCAAAGACAGUUAUCAGAUGGCAUCACUGCGGUUGUUUACGGUAUCUACAUAUAUAUAUAACCCUAUCUUAGUAACCGUGAGGAAGGUGGUGAAUUGAUUCUCUCCUUCCGCGUGUGCUGCGGAACGUAGCUUCCCUACACUGAAUCUGGUGACUAAAGAAAAUCUGAUGCGCACAAAGGUUUUCUUUGUAGAUCCAGAUGUCAAAAACUUUCAAUAGCAUUUCAUGCUACUUCCGGUGCAGAGAGCAACAUCGCCUAUUCUCUUAUCCAUCUAUAUUGUCACAAUUCGGCGC